UACUUACUAUUAACUACUUGCUAUCUUUUUCUUUGCCUUUGUUUCUGUCUCUCUCUCUUUCAACACAUAAUGCUCACUCACUCACUCUAUGCUACCUGCUUUUCCUCUCUCUGACUUUCCUCCAUCUUCUUUUCUUCAUUUCUUCUGCUUUACCUUUCCCAUAGAUUGAUUGUACAUGUACAUGUACAUCUUCCUCUCUUGCUCACUUUACAAUCUCAUCUCCUGUUGUUAACCAUUCCCAUUUGUGGUAAAAAUUAAGUCUACUGAAACAUAUCUUUUUACCAAGGAAGAUGCUAUUACCACUCAAGCUUAGGUGAUUCUGAAGUGAAGAGCUAAUUACUGCUUUUGACAAUUUGUAUGAUUGUUUCAGUAGCACUUGAAGAUAAAGGAGGAAGCUCUCAACAUUGCUUUACCCAAAAAUGAUGCCACCAAGCUCCAACCUAGAAUCAACCGAUCAAAAUGAUUCAGAAGCCUGCAGCCAAGUAGUUUCCAGCAUAUCUGUGCAAGAAGCAUUCCCUGGUCCUUGCAGGGAUAGCAACACCAAUUCUUCUUGCCUCACAGAUUGCAUAAAGCAAAACAUGGAUCCGGUUCCUGUUUCUCUCGAUUUAACACUCCGUUUUAGCUCUAGUGACACUGAGUUGAAGGGCACAGGAGAGACUUCUGGUGAAGUAGCAGCUAAUUCUCAGGCAGCCACAAUCCCAAGAGUUUUCUCUUGCAAUUACUGUCGCCGCAAAUUCUACAGCUCACAGGCACUUGGGGGACACCAAAAUGCUCAUAAAAGAGAGAGGACGAUGGCAAAACGUGCAAUGCGGAUGGGGAUAUUCUCUGAUAGGUAUACCAGCUUGGCAUCUCUGCCACUUCAUGGUACUGCAUUUCGGUCCCUUGGGAUCAAAGCUCAUGCUGCAAUGCACCAAGGUGCCAUACCACCACAAAGGCCUCCUGAUAUGAGAGGUGCAGCAAGGUUCGAGCAAGGGUAUUAUGCAAUGCCAAUGUUCAUGGAAGACGAUGAUAUGGACUUGUUUUGGCCAGGGAGUUUUAGGCAGGUUGGCGACGGAGCUAGAGGUGACUCAACAUUAGACUUCUCUCAAAAUUCAAACUCAAGUGUGGAUUUUGCGGCCAUGGCACCACCAUCAAGGACAGAUUCAUCGGCACCACCAUCAAGGACAGAUUCAUCAGCACCACCAUCAAGGACAGAUUCAUCUGCACCUGAUCUUACCUUGAAGCUCUGAUUGAUGUUUUCAGAUCCCUAUUGUCAUAAAGACAAAGCCAUUUACAGUGUUCACUACUCUGUACAGUGAUGAUGUUUCUUGAAAAUUUUUGCCAGAACUUUAUAAUUUCCCUUUUAAUUUCUAUUCAUAUAUAUGUUGUUAUGGUAGUUGGGUAGUUACAUAUGAAGUUUUGGGGUAUUAAAUGGAGUGCUAGAGUCAGCUUUAAACAGUUUAGAAAUUGCUGUUUUGAGUGUGAUGGAAAUAACCAGCUGUCUUUUAGCUUUUCAA